UAAGGAUAAGGGUAGUGGGUGGACAUAUACAAGAGUAGGAAAAAAAAGGUAUCUCUCCGAAACAAACAUAGAGCAAGGGCCUGUACCAAUGGAUCUGAAUAAGGUGAAAGCCAAAAACAAGAAUCAAACAGCCCCUACAAAAUGGA